AUGUCUGGAAAAGGAAAGGCUGCUACUGGUGGACGUGGUAAGAAGACUGGAAAGAGCAGUACGCGUUCUGCAAAGGCUGGUCUUCAGUUUCCUGUUGGUCGUGUUGCACGUUAUCUUCGCAAGGGUCGUUAUGCUCAACGUACGGGCAGUGGUGCUCCUGUCUACAUGGCUGCUGUGCUUGAAUACUUGUGUGCUGAAAUUCUUGAGCUUGCUGGUAAUGCUGCACGUGACCACAAGAAGACGCGUAUCAUUCCACGUCACAUUCAAAUGGCUGUGCGCAAUGACGAAGAGCUCAACAAACUACUAGGCGAUGUAACGAUUGCUUCAGGUGGUGUAAUGCCUAACAUUCACUCAGUACUAUUGCCCAAGAAAUCAGCUUCAGCUGGUAAGAAGGGCAAAUCUUCAGCGUCACAGGACUACUAA